GACUCCAGCUCAGAAAUUGUUUAAGAACUGAAAUUCCCGAUUCAUGUUUACAAGUUGUUAAGGAGAAUUGCCAGUCUGUGUCAUUGUUACAGAGAAGUAGCGGUAGAUAGGAAUAGAAUACAAUUUGACUGGAUCACAUUUGGAAAUUAUUUAUUUGGAUGACAUGGAACAAAUCAACGAAAACCUACUGGGCUUGAAUCUCAGUUCCAAUUCUGAAAACAGUCAGGAAAGAGAUGGACAUAAAGAGGAGCAAGAGUUUAUGUGUGGUGAAGCGGCCAAUGAUCUUCACACGGCCUGUACAUUCUGUAGCAAGGAUCCCGACCACAGCAAAUUCAUUCCCAUUGACAACUUUACCAUUGAACAUAUCCCAGAAGAAUCUCGACGCCCUGACAUUUACAAAAUCGUCAAAGCCAUAGCAGACCUGACAGUAAAAAUUAGUGUUAGCAAGCUUAGUCCUAACAGACCCAAGUACUGGCUCAAUACAGACCAGCUGUACCCUCGUUUUACUGGCACUGGAACUGGUCUGAUGAGCGAAGUGUUUUACUUUUACCGUGGAUUGGACGAAUUUAAAUUUAGACAUGAAAAGGAUUAUACUCAGUGUUGGUGCACAAAAUGUCAAGGCUCCAGCUCGGCAAGCCUUGAAUGGUGGGAGUUUAUUGUUUACACAGCAACCCAUGUUGUUUUUGACGAAGAAGAAGCCAACAACACUGCUUUUAGACUGUUUUUCGAUACGCAAGAAAGCCCUAAGGUUUACUUGGAAUUUGCUACUGUGGUCGAUGCCAAUGCUAAAACUGACAUGUGCAUCUUAAGGGGUGUGACAUGUGACCGGAACCUGGGGCAUAAGCUUAAAAACCUGUGGAGCGAUUAUUCUUUUUUAAUGGAGAUGUUCCAGUUUGAAUACAGCGAGGCCUCGAGAGAUAGAGACAAGCUGACGUUCGUGGUGUCGCACCCUCACGGGCGGGCCAAGCACGUGACUGUGGGUCAUUGGCAGGAGAAAGAAGAUGUCAAGGCUUUGAUGAAGUUUAAAUAUAACACGAACACCUGCCCAGGCAGCAGCGGCGCCAUGGUCUUUUGUUUGGGUUACAGCUGGGGCUCUUGGUACAAUCAGUUUGUCCACAGCGGGUGUUUAAACGCUGAGUUGAAUCACAGUGCACUAGGAGGAGUGUACGUUGAUAAGGAGUAUCGUAAUACUGCUGAUGAGGAAAGGAUGAAGUUACAGGAAUGUAAAGAGUUGUGUUGUGCAUUAGCAGGCAGCAGUCAUGUUUUUUUUUAGUCUCCUGUUUUGGAGAAUUUGAUAGUGCAGUGUUCCCCAAACACUUCGCACAUUCGGAUUAUUUCGCUUUUUUUUUCCAGGUUGGAUUUUUAAAAAAAAUAAUUAAACCACACUUUAAAUAUCUCCCUUUAAAACUACGUCUGCGGGCUUUUUCUGUGCACGGACCAAAGGUUUGGAACUCGCUUCUCAUUGAUUUCAGACAGACAACCUGCUACAUUAAACUCAAGACCAUUAAGACCUGUCUGUUUAAAACUUUGUUUGAUUAGUUUGCCAUUUUAGCGCUCGUGUUUAUGUGUUUAAUGUUAUCACAGCGUCUAGUGCCUACAUUUUGUUUGUUAACAGCACUCUUUAAAUAAAAUUAUUAUUAUUAUUAAAUCAAGCAUUUAUUGUGUCAUUGAAGAGCUUAACCUCUUGACAUCAAGAACGAUGUAAGUAUUAAUUAGUAAACAGACCUCUAAUAACUAGUGUGACAUCAAGCCUACUUCAAUACUUUUGAGUUUGUUUUAACAUAAGAAAAUCCUGCGUUACACUAAUAUGCUGUAAGAAACUAAAGUGAAAAAAAUACAACUAGCAGCUUGGUUUGAACUAUUUGGUACUCUUCAAAAUUUCGACCAGAAAUCAUUUAAUGGUUGAUCUUUUAUUGUAUCUUUGUUUAAAAUUAGAGUCAGAGUCUAGAUCUGUUCAAAGUUCGUAUAGUGAUGUUAUAGAAUUUAUUGUGCAAGAAUCACCCUUUGUGUCAGGAUUUUGUGAUUUUACCAUCACAAAAGAGAUACAAGACACCGAUAGCAAAGACAAACAGACACAAACACUCUUUUGUUCCCCUGGCAAUCAAAUCAUUAAAUAAGAACAAUCUGGUAUAAACUUUGUCACAUGUAAAUUAGGAGUGAGUCUGGUGUGAAUGUACACUUUGGUUUCUUAUAGUUAUAAUGUUUUUUGUUUGGUGUAAUGCACAAAUUGUAAGACAAAUUUCCUUACGGAUAAUAAAGAUUAUUAUUAUUAUUAUUA